ACGCGUCCCCUGACCUAUUGGACAUCUUUCCUAGCCUCUGGAGCGUAUUUUGCAGAACUAAUUCUUCUCGAAAUUAUCGCGAAAUGGUGGAACCAACCGAGUCAGAACAGGAGCAGAGCUCUGAAGCAGUGCAGACUGUGCUGAAGUCGCUUGAUGAUCCAAAAACAGCUGGACUUAUCCUUGAAGAACAAGCAAAUGCUUUGAAGAGUAUUCUAGGAGAUCCCUCUGUGUUGAAACUUGUCAGGGCACAUGACAAACUUGAAGAGGGUCGCAAGCAAGUUGAGACCCCAAACACAGCAGAGCUUGCAAGGGAGGUUACCACAGAACUUGAGCCACAAGUAGCAAAUGAUGAUAGUGCAGCUGAGUUGUCUGGUCUCCUGCAAGAGCCUCAUUUCAUGGCAUUAUUGGAAGUUCAUGAUAAUGUCGCAUUCAAGAAGUACGCAUCACCACCUGCUUCUCCUGGACCAACUGACGAGGCUGGUACUAUGAAUGGCUUUGGUGGGCAGCCCAUCAGAAUGGUUGGCUUACAUAAGCAGCCUAAGAAACCACUGGGGAUGACAUUAGUUGUAGAGAAAGGAGAACUUGUUGUUGCAAGGAUUAUUCAUGGAGGGAUGAUUGACAGACAAGGGCUUCUUCAUGUUGGAGACAGAAUUAAGGAAGUGAAUGGAAGAGACAUGAGUGGAAAUCCUAAAGAACUUCAAGAUUUAUUGCGUGAAUCCACAGGAAAAAUCUUUCUGAAAGUUAUUCCAACUAGUCUGGAGGCACCAGCUUUGAGCCAGGUAUUUGUUCGGGCUCACUUUGACUAUGACCCAGAGAAGGACAAAAUAAUUCCCUGCAAAGAUGCUGGCUUGUCAUUCAAAAUUGGCGAUGUGCUACAGAUUGUCGAACAGGAGGAUCCCAAUUGGUGGCAGGCUAAGAGGACUGAUGGCACAGACGAAGCAGGGAUUAUUCCCAGCCAAAUUUGUGAGGAAAGGAGAAGAUCGUUUGUCAAGAAGGAUAGACCUGGUAGUGGAUUCUUGUGUGGUAGCAAAAAGAAGCAGAAGAUAAUGUACAAGUCUGCAAAAAAUGCUGAUUUCGAUAGACACGAAAUGAUUAUCUAUGAAGAAGUUGCCAAGAUGCCACCUUUCCACCGCAAGACUCUAGUACUUGUUGGUGCUCAAGGUGUGGGUCGAAGAACAUUGAAAAACAGGAUCAUCCUGUCUGACAGGGCAAGAUUUGGUACUACAAUACCCCACACAACACGUGAGCCACGAGAAGGCGAAGAAAAUGGCAAAGGUUACAACUUUGUAAGCCGAGAAGAAAUGGAGCAAGACAUCAGAGCUGGAAAGUAUCUGGAACAUGGCGACUAUGAGGGAAACUUGUAUGGAACUAAGGUUGACAGUAUUCGUGAAGUCAUGCGCUCAGGGAAAAUGUGUAUUCUGGAUGUUAAUUCUACGGCUCUAAAGAUUCUGAAGACUCCAGAAUUCAUGCCGUUUGUCGUAUUUAUUGCUUCGCCACCCAUUGAGAACCUGAGGGAAAUUCAUAAGCGAGCUACAUCAGAGGGAACUAUCACCAAGAAACAGACGGACGAAGAUCUUCAGAGGACAGCCGAGGAAUCAGAGAAGCUUUUCAACAGCUACUCGCAUUAUUUUGAUAAAGUCAUUGUGAAUGACGACCUUGAUAAAGCCUUGUCUCAACUCAAGGAUUGUAUCGAAGGGCUCAGCUCUGAGCCGCAAUGGGUCCCAGUCAGCUGGGUUUACUGAUUGCCUGAUUACCUCCCCACCCCCCUCCCCCUCAUCCCACAUAACGUUACAGGAGCGGCAGUCAAAAAUUUCACCAGAAAACCUAAAAGGUGCAAGUUUGGAUCUGCUGUAAAUCUCUUUUAAUCCGUUUGCGGUACAUGUAUCAAUCCCUGUGGCGUUUUAUGUCUGUGAUAGUACAGACCACUCCUGUUAUUUUUGUACAGAGUCCUUCUCCUCCUCUCCCCCGAGGUAUUCCUAGUUACUCAAGGGAAUUCAGUUUUAUGAAAAAUGAACGUAUUUGGAAAUCUCAGAAUUGUUUUUAGACUUUUUUUUUUAUCUUAUAGUUGGCCUUUAAUGAUAUCAAGCUUGUUGUUCUUUCAUAUUUUGCGUAGUUAACGAUUGAACCCAAAAACUAUAGCCGCUAAAGUGAACUAUUUGUCUUAUAGACAGCAAUCCUUUUUGUAACUUCCGGACAACUAAGGGCUGACUUCACCACAAUGGUUCCAAAAGAUAAAACAUAGUUUCUCAAGAUUUCUUUGUAAAAUGACGGGUAACUUUGCAAAUCUCGGGUAGUUUGUUCAAAGGUAAAGCUAAAUUUAAGGGCCGUUACACAAUAGUCGAGACGUUUUCUGCGGCGUGCAUAAUUUCAUACAAUUUGAAAGAAUCCACAAAAUAUUCUGAGCCUGGUAAGUUAAAAAAAUACCAAUGUGAAAAGAAUACACCCAUCUAAAAUCAAGGAUGGAGAGGUUGGUCGCAUAUAGCAAUUUGAACUUGGAAAAUUUAAGCUUUAAGUUUUCAAGAUGCAGAAUCUUUGACUUGACUCCUUUCAAGAGUAUCUGGGGAUUUUUCUAAUGAAGAUAGUUUUAAAUGUGUUCAGUUCCUUGUCUAAUACUCUUACAGAAAAUAUUUUGCGCGAAAUCUUUCAUAUGGUGAUUCAAGAAUCUUGCGAAGCAUUGGAGAACUUAAGCAGAGACGUUUUAGAGACUCGGACGGAAACCGGAAGAAGAAUAAAAUAACUGUGAUUUUAGCGCGCAAUAACGUCAAUAUAUCGACCGUAAUGUUAAACUAAUUUGUGCUUGCCGAAAAGGUAUAUGAGAAACAGAUAUGAGAACUUUUAACUUCCGGUCGCCACCCGCAUCUCGAAAACGUUUGUGCGUAAGUUCCAUAUUAAAUUGUUCAGUACGUGAUGAUGAUUCUCGCCUGACGGCUAAGUAUUGAUAGCAAACAAAAAGCAUUGCCUUUGAGACAAAUCACUUUGGAAAAUAACCGUGGUGACAUUUAGUAGAGACAAUUUUAUUAGUAUAGAAGGUUAACUGGUGUUAUUACUCGUGAUGUUUUAGACUGUAGUGCUGUAUAAUUUUUUUUAUUCCAUACAAGAAUAAAAUUUCGAUUUGUGCCUGACCGUA